AUGAGUUUAAUAAUAAAGUCGAAAGGCACAAAGGAAGAUGCACAGAAAUCUUUGAAAUGUUCCAAUGGCAAAUGUGUUUUGAGUUAUAUAGAUGCAUGCAUUCAUUACAAGGAUAGUAUAAAAAAAUCUGGAAAAAUUGAUGAGAAGAAUAAAUUAUUAGACAAAGCAAAUAAGGAAAAUGAAGAUCUUAAACAGAAAAAUGACGAAUUGGAAGAAGUAAUUUUAGCUAAUGAUGAAGAGAUCAAAAAACACAAGCUUGAUAAGGAAUUAUUAACGAAGGAAAAAGAAGAGAUUCAGAAGGAGCUGACCAAAGUCUCAGAAGAAAACGACAAAAAAGACGAGGCCAUAUGUGGAUACAUAAAUUUAAAUUUGAGCCUCACCAAUGAAGUUGCCAGGCUUGGAUUGAUCGAACAUGAAAAGAAGGAAUUGGAGGAGUUACUUGAGGCUAAGGAUUCUGAGAAGAAGGAAGUUGAAGAUAGAGCGAGUGAUUUAUUUAUCAAGGUGGAGGAAAGUCAGCGUGCCAUAGAUGAAUCUGAGCAGGAAAAAGCUAAGCUAAAAGAGGAAGUGAAAUCAAGGGAUAAAACGAUAAAUAUGUUAGAAAAAAUAGUCGCAAAUCAUGUGGAAAAGAGCGUUAAAUUGACACGUGAAAAAGAUGAAUUAAGGGGGACUAUUAUGAGACUCCAGAAUAAGCAACCCGAUGAAACUGUGAGUGAUCCUGGUGUUGGUAUUUGGGUUGAAGCAAAUAGGAAUUCAAAAUCCUCGCCUAGAUGUUCAAGUGAUCGACAGACACCACCGAAGCGGUUGCAUGAUGGCACACUCAAAGCAAAGAGCGCUAGUUGUGAUCGUGAUGAAGUUGCUAUGAAACCGACAGAGCAAGCUGGGACAAGCACAUUUAUUCGUAACGUAAAGCAGGAAAUUCUUUACGAUGUUGAGCCAGAUACUUUCAAACCUCCGAGCCUUCCUAACACUGCCAACCUUGGUGCCAAGAAAAAUGCCGAAAACGAGGACGAUUAUAGCGAAUUUAGUGAACCACCCAGAGCUGUUCGGAAAACAAGUGACACUCCAGUGUACGUUUUUAUACUGAAAAUAUUAUUGAAUAUCACAGAAAAUUAUUUACUUAAAUUAUUUCCCCAAUUUAGAGAUUUCCAAUCGUUUGGAACGUUUGCAGAUGCUUUGACGAAAAUGUUUAAGGCGCGGAAUGAAGGUUCAAAGGCGAGCCCUUCAAAAAGUGAUGGCAAUACGGAGUAA